AGAUUUCUUCCACUGUAAAAUGCAAACUUCAGAGUGGCACCUGAAUUUUCAAAAAAAGAAAAUAAAAUUUAUAUAUAAGAUCGGUCCUCUGUUACCCUUACAUCACUGUCUCUCUAACAAUUAUGCCCCCUUUUUUGAAUUGCGUAGUGUAGGGUUUGAAAAUUCUGUCGAUCGGUGCAUUAAAAUCUGACCCACCAUGUAAUUUCGCGCCGAUUUUCGUCUUUUCAUCCAAAUUGUUGAGGCCAAUCGAGAAUUAGGCAACAUAGUGUAGGGUUUGUUUACUUUUUAGGGUUUUUAAAGAAGGGUUUGUAAUGAAGGGGCCUUUGGAUCGAACCAAGGUAGUGGUUCGAAACUUGCCGCCUGCGAUUACGCAGGUUAUAUUUAUUGAACAAAUCGAUGGGGUGUUUGCUGGACGUUACAACUGGGUAUCGUUUCGUCAAGGAAAGACGAGUCAGAAGCAUCGAUCUUGCUCUAGAGCCUACAUUGACUUCAAGAGGCCAGAAGAUGUUCUUGAUUUUGCCGACUUCUUUAAUGGGCAUGUCUUUGUUAAUGAAAAGGGUGCUCAGUUUAAAGCUAUUGUUGAGUAUGCUCCCUCCCAACGUGUUCCGAAGCAAUCGUCUAAAAAGGAUGGUCGAGAAGGGACCAUACUUAAGGAUCCCGAGUAUUUGGAGUUCCUUGAAGUUAUUGCAAAGCCUAUUGAGAAUCUUCCUAGUGCAGAAAUACAAUUGGAGAGAAGAGAAGCCGAACGAGCUGGUGCAGCAAAAGAAGCUCCAAUAGUUACACCUUUGAUGGAUUUUGUACGGCAGAAAAGGGCUGCUAAGGCUGCACCUAGGAGAUUAUCAUCCAAUGGAAAAUCAAGCAGAAGAGCGGGUGGAUCAUCAAGUGGAAGUCCAGGUUCAGGUUCAUCCAAAGGUGGUUCUGAAAAGAAAAGGAGUUCCACCACAAUGUAUGUCCUAAGGGACUCUGCAAAAAAUUCGAGUGGCAGAGACAAGUCAAAUUACAUUUUGAUUUCCAAACGGGAUGAUCAGCAGGGUCUUGAUAAGCUUGUCACUUCAUCUUCUGUAACUGGAAGUGAUGUACAGGAGAAAAGUGGAAUUUCUGGUAACACUGAUUCUGGAAAAAAGAAAGUCCUGCUUCUGAAAGGGAAAGAACGAGAUAUUUCUCAUGUGUCUGGCAGCAUGUCACAGCAGCAGAGUGCAACACCUACUGUCAAAACUAUUCUUGGUUCACCUGCUUCAAAGCAUAGCCAGCGACGUGAGAGCGGUGGAAGAAUGAUUAGAAGCAUACUUCUGAAUAAGGAUGUUCGUCAAAGUCAGUCUUCUGGUGUCCAGUCUGAACAACAUGUCCAAAAUUCAAAUAUAGACAAGGAAAAACGACCUCAUCGGCCACCACAUGUACCAUUGGCAAUGAAGGAUGCAACUGGGUUUCCUGAUGAGAAGAUUGUACUGAAUGAAUUGCAUGGCGAGAAACAGGAAAGACGUACCAGAAAUAAGGAUCGACCAGAUCGUGGUGUGUGGACUCUUCGCCGUUCAGAUGGAUCAUACGCAAGUGAUGAGUCUUUGUCUUCAUCUGCUUCUCAACCUUCACUUACAGCAAUAGAUUCCUUAGAAGGGAGUCUCAGAGAUGUGAAAAUUGACCAGUCAAGUUUGAAGAGUGGAGAAGUUAAAACUGUUGGGAGUGGACGUAGCAGCCAUUCUUCUUCAGACAAUGGCACCCAUAGACAUGUUGGUCGUCGAGGACCAACACAUGUUAAGGAUGCUGAUGGCUCAUCUGUUGUAAGUGAGGGAAAGCCUUCAAGAAGAGGUAGUGGUCCUGGCUAUGGCUCCUAUGAGAAACAAGUCUGGGUUCAGAAGUCCAGUUCAGGUUCUUAGUGUGUUUAAACUGUGAAUUGUUAAGUCAUUUGAAAGUUUGGAACAUGCACUUGCUGUUUUGUGGAGGCUGUCUUGUUUUUGCUUAAAGACAUGGUAAGGCAUAGACAAUGUUUCAGCAGUGAAACAGAGGGAAGGGUAGUUGACUGGAAAGAUUCUGAUAGCGAUGUAAUUAAUACAUGGUGGAUUGAAGAAAAAAUCCCAAUAUUGGUCAAAACGGCACAGAUAGGAGGAAAAUAAAAAAGAAUAGAGAGAUCAUCCCUAUAGUCUUAUGCAAAACCACAGUUUUCAUUGUAGCAAACCCUUAAACCGGGUUUCACUGAGGAAGCUAUGGAUAAUCCUCAUUCUUGCCAUUGACUAGGUACUGGGAUGCAUUGCCUUUACCGUUGGAUUCUUGCUUAGCUGAAAUGUGUAUAUAUAAAUGCAGAUCAAUGUUUACUGUCUGCUUUCCAUCAAGUUUUAUGUCUUAUUGAUCAGUCUACCAUAUGUGACUGGAGAGCACUUGUCAGUAGCUCCCAUGCUAAGUUUUUAGGGUUUCACAUAUACAAUGAAGUUGUGCCCUGAGAAAAAGCCGGUGGUCUUUUGCCGAAACCGGUUUUUGCAUGUUUUGAGUUUGUUUUGACUGAUAGUCCCCAGUGUGACUUGGAUGAAAAAUGAAGUUCCAAGUUAAAAAACUGGUUGGCUCAUCUUCAUUGUUUCGUUUCUUUUCUCAGUGUUGUGGCUGAAACUGAACCUUUUUGGUGCUUUUUAUACAACAGAUAAUGGUGCUGAAUUUGUUGGC